AUGGAGAAUUUCCUGCUAGCGCUUGUGUUGGUUAAAACAUGCUGUGUCUUAACUCAAGACCUGUCAGGUAAAAUGUUGACCUUUCCACAAGAGAUGAAAAUGGCUAAUGUGAGAUUGAAUACUACUAGAGAGAAGUUCAAUGCUGUGACAAUCUGUUUCAGGUUCUUCACUGAUCUCACAAGGAACCAUGUCCUGUUCUCCUCUGCCACUAACGGAAAUGCUGCUUUUGUCAUCAAGAUGACCGGCACAAGUGAGAUUCAACAGGUGUCCAAGAACAGCACGGCAGUCUUCGAUGGCCUAGCGUUCGCCCAAAACACCUGGCACUCCCUCUUUUCCAUCUGGGACUCUGAGACUGGCCUUGGGCAACUGUGGCUGGAUGGUCAACCCAGUGCCAGGAAGCUCCUUCACUCUGGAGCCGUCAGAGCCCAGCGGAUCAUUCUUGGGAGCAGGAUGUGUUUGAUGAAGAAGCAGACCAACAACACCCCGGGAAAUGUUCUCCCCUGGAGGGCCCUACACUUCCAGAUCACAGGACCAGUAGUGCUGGAGUACAUGUUGGUCUGUAACAUGAAAUUAGUGAAAAUAUAAAUGCUAUUUGUCACACCUGAAGCUGAGAUGCUAACUCCGAUGUCCCGACUCUGCUGUCAGCAUGACACAACAGGAACAGGGAUUGGGUGGUCAAGGCAACAAUUAACCAAUCAGAUGUCCUGAAGAGACAUUAAUUAGUUAAGUGACACAUCUGUCAAGCUUCCUUAACAGUCAUUUACCUCAAGUUCACUACAGCCUUGUUCGUCAGAAGACAACUGUAUGACAGAGGACAACUGACCAUCCACAUGGCAGGAUAACGGACCAGGCAUGUUUGGAAUAGGACAACUGACCCUCCACACAUGGCAGGAUAACUGCCCCGGCAUGUAUGGAAUAGGACAACUGACCCUCCACAUGGCAAGAUAACUGACCAGGCAUGUAUGGAAUAGGACAACUGACCCUCCACAUGGCAAGAUAACUG